AUGUCACAUACAGGCACUGAAGAAUUUCAUUUAGAGGAAAUAAACCUCACGAUGUCCAUAUCUAGAACACUGUUGGCUUUAUCUCCUGUAUCUUUAGAUCUUGUCCAAGCCAAUCAGCGCUAUGUGGAGAUUGCAGAACAAACCAAGUCUAUGACAUGUACCUUCAAGCCUUACACAGAUGAAUGCAAGUACCGUGAAUGGUUAUGGGAUUGUAGUAAACUGAACUUAGAGGCAGUUCCUCAAAACAUCCCAGAAAUAUUCAGAGAUAAGAACUUUGCUAUGGACCUUUCCAGGAAUAGUUUUACCAGUAUAUCCUCUGAAACAUUUUCUGGGAUCGAUGAGAAUUUCUUAAAAAACGUAACAGCUCUCUAUCUCCAAUUCAACAAUCUUAGAAUUGUCAAAAAAUCUGCUUUUGAAUAUCUAGGGAAUUUGUGUGUUCUUGAUCUUUCUAACUGCAAAUUGGGAAAUUCUUCUCUGGCAUAUCAAUCUUUUGCUAAUCUAACUAAGCUAAAGAUUUUGCGUAUGCAUCACAAUGAAUUUAAACAUCUGGGAUAUCCAGAUAUUGCGAUUUCCAGAAUACUGUCAUUGGAAAGUUUGACAAUAGGGGUUUUCGAAGGGUUUCAUUUUUGUGACCCGUUUGAAAAGCUUACACAAUUGACAAGUUUGAAUUUGGUUACAGAAAAUUCAAAAUUUCGCUUAACAAAUACCACUUUUGCUGGUUUGUCCAGGUCUCCUAUACAUUACCUUAGUUUACAAUUCCAGCCCAAGGGAUUUUGUGAUGUGAGUGAAGAAAUCUUUUGCUCAUUUCCUGUUUUGAAGGGUGUGCAUAUCCAAUUCGGGGGAAUGUGUGAUUUGAACGUUGUCUUACUGUCCUUAAAGUGUCUUCAAAAUCGGACAAUGGAUUACAUUGUUGCCAUUGGAAAUAUACCAAUUUACCCAGUGAGGGAAGUUUUUCUAAAUAAGAGAAAUUGUAAAUAUUUGUUCUCUAUAUGCGUCAAGAAAGUAAAGCUUAGUAGUAACCGGAUAGCGGGAAUUUCAGAAAACCCCCUAAAGACACGAAUGGGUCAAUGCAUAGAGUAUUUUGACAUAUCUCAUAAUAGAAUUGGUUAUAUCAAACCUGUCAUUUCGUUUGAUUUUCUUAACCGAUAUCCAAAUCUUCAGCUAUCAAAUAAUUUUUUCCAUAUUCCUCCAUCAUUUUCCAUUGACAUAACUGUAACUGGUGAACGUUUAAAAGAAAUAAACGUAUCAAACACAAAUCUCCCUUGCAAACAUAUAGCUCCGAUACACACAUCUUCUUUAGAAAUUCUUGAUAUUUCCAAUAACGGGUGUGGUGAAAUGAAGCUCGGAGUCUUACAGUUCGCUACAAAACUGGAAAAAAUAUCUGCAAGUAAUGCAGAACUUAAUUUUUCCAAUACAUUCAAAAUAGAAAAACUUUUCAUUGGGCUUAAAAGACUGAAAGAUGCGGAUUUAAGCCAUAAUUCUAUAUCUCACUUACCGAAUACUGUGUUUCAAGAUCAAAAGCUUUCUCUUUCAACUUUGAAUCUUGAUAAAAAUGAAUUGUCAAACAUCCCUGUAUCACAUUUACAAAAGCUGUUGCACUUGCAAAUACGUUUUAAUAAAAUAUCCGUUUUAGCAAAAUCAGAUAUCGAAAACUUAUCAACAUUCCAUAAGGAUCUAAAAAUUCUCAUCGAAGGAAACCCAAUAAGCUGUGAGUGUGCGCAUAUUUCUUCUCUGAAAUGGAUGAGAGGAAAUCAACACAUAUUUGGAGAUUUGAAAAGCACCCAAUGUAUUGACAGAUUAGUUUCAAUGGCAGAAUUGUUUCAGGAAAAAGCAUUUAUUGAGUUUGAAAAGAAAUGUCAAGUAAACAUAUGGCUAUCAUGUUCUUCCUUUUUGUUAGUACUUCUGCUCCUCUCAAUACUGACAGCAGCACUUUUGAGAAAAUAUCGAGUCCAUAUUGAUUAUGUCAUUCUGCGUUUGCGUGGUCGAUGGAAAGGUGUUAUUCAUGUGGUUAAUGCAAAAACCUUCCGAUUUGAUGCUUUUGUGUCAUACGCAGAAGAGGACUAUCAAUUAGCCUGUACAACUCUGUAUCGAGAGUUGGUCCAUUUAGGCUUCCAAAUUAGCUUACCAGAUAAAGACUUUAUCCCAGGUAUAUCAAAAGCUGAGCAACUCUUGCAGUACAUCGAUGAUAGCCGGAAAGUUAUAAUUCUUGUUACCGAAAACUUCCUGAUGAGUGGAUGGGAUUCCUACGCCAUUCAGAUGGUAGUGACUCAUGCCUUUCAUAAUCACAGACAAAAGUCGAUAAUAGUGAUCAUUAAAGAUGGUAUUCCUAUUGAGAGAAUCCCAAAGGACCUGAGAUACAUAUGGUGGUCUAUCAUAAGUAUUCGAUGGCCAGAAAAUGGAGGAAAUAUGAUAUCAUUUUGGGAAGAAUUAUCUACAUCUUUGAACUUGGAUUAA